AUGGCGUCAAUAGCAAGCAUUUCAGAUAUGAAAGCACGUGCCCUAACCGUUAUGUCCACACGAUCCCAAGACCAAGGUCUCGUGUCCGAUGUGGCCUCACGACAAGGCUUGAAACCUGAUGACGAGGCUUUAUCACACGCUUCUGAUCAGGGACGCUUAGUUCCUUCGUUUGGUUGGCAUCCAUGGUUUUCUUACCAACUUUAUGAUGACCUCUCUUCUAACCCAACAUAUGAUGGGACGUCAUCUGGAAAAAUAUCGCAUUAUGAUCACAUAUUAGCCCCAUCACCUUCGUCGAAAGAUGUAUCAUUCAGUGAGGGUCUUCCGGAUCCACGACCCCUCUCUCAAUUUCUGCGCGAGACCAAAUCGCGUCUAGAGAAGCACCCACUGGCUCUUGUUGGUGAGGUUGGCUUGGAUAAAGCAUUUCGGCUUCCGCAAAGUUGGACCUCGGCUUAUGAAGCUCGACGUGAUGAAGGACUUACCCCUGGUGGACGAGAAGGUAGACUCCUGAGCCCCCACCGGGUGCAAAUAACACAUCAGGUUGCAAUACUUCAAGCCCAACUGCGACUUGCAGGAGAGAUGCAACGCGCGGUUAGUGUUCACGGAGUUCAAGCUCACGGCGUGUUAUAUGACACCUUAGCCGGGUUAUGGAAAGGAUAUGAAAAAGAAGUAACCUCAAGAAGAGAUCAGAAACGAGUUGCUGCGGGAGCAGAGGAUUUCUCGGAUUCAUCCGAAGACGAAAUCGAAGAUGGGAGCGGACCCAAAUCUACCAAUAAACGGAAACCGAAUUUAGAUCCCGACAAGCUGGGACCGAAGCCCUAUCCUCCACGGAUCUGCUUGCAUUCCUUUAGUGGACCCGCUGAGGUUGCCAAACAAUAUCUUCAUCCCUCUGUACCGGCGAAAGUCUUCUUCUCGUUUUCGAUUGUAAUAAACUGGAGUACGGGAGGUGGCGAUAAGGCCGAGGAGACAAUUCGUAUUGUACCGGACGAUCGCAUCUUGGUCGAGAGUGACCUUCAUACAGCAGGUGAAUCGAUGGAUCAAUAUCUUGAAGAAAUAUGCAGGAAAAUCUGCAAGAUUAAGGGAUGGGAUUUGCGUGAAGGACUUGAGAAAUUGGGUAGGAAUUGGAGGGAGUUUAUAUUCGGCUAG